AAGAGGUACAUAUUUGAACGCCAUUAUGGAUAAACGUUUCUUAACAUCGGCAUUUUUAUUUUAUGUGUGUAUUGUUAUAGUGUCAAGUUCAUGGAGUCGCAAUCAUGUAGCCUUGGAAAAUAACCAGUACAACAACGUUCUCAUUGCUAUUAACAAAAACGUUACAUACGACCAAGAAAUUAUUAACAGAAUAAAGGAAAUAUUUACAAGUGGGUCUUCGAGAUUAUUUGAAGCUACCAACAGCCGUGCUUAUUGGAAAAACAUCACAAUUUUAGUCCCAAAAUCGUGGGCACAUAGGCCGGAGUACGAAGUUGUCAAAACAGAGAGUUUCGGCAGGGCUAAUGUUGUCAUCGACACCCCAAAUCCUAGAUAUGAAGACAACCCAUACACGAAACAACUUGGUGGAUGUGGAGAAAAGGGAGAGUACAUUCAUUUAACUCCGCGUUUCUUGCUCGAUAAAACAAGAAGUGAAUAUAUAUGGGGUCCCAUGGACAAAUUGUUAGUUCACGAAUGGGGUCAUCUCCAAUGGGGCCUAUUCGACGAAUAUUCGACUGACGAAACAGCAGCAUUCUAUGCACAUUCAAAUCAAAACGUCGAAGCAACAAGGUGUUCUCUAGCGAUCAAAGGAAAAUAUAUCAAUAUAGAUACCCAAAAGGACUGUUAUCUUGACCCGGCCACUGGUGUUUAUCAGAGUGAGUGUGCCUUCUUUCCAUACACAGCAGGUCAAAGGGCAACAGCUUCAAUAAUGUACGGGCAAUUUAUCGAAACGGUCAAUACAUUUUGCCAUAGUGAUCCCAGCGAUCCACUGGGUUAUCACGACGUCGAAGCUCCACAUAAACACAACAUACUGUGCAAUUACAAAAGUUCAUGGGACGUCAUGUUGGAAUCAAGCGACUUUAAGGAUGGCAACAACCCACCACUUGCAAGCGACACCGAUACGACACCAACUUUUCGUAUUGUCCAACCGACCGACAGGCGGGUGGUUUUGGUAUUAGAUACGUCGGGGAGUAUGUCGGGCGAUCGUAUUCUGCAACUUUUACAGGCAUCAACAUACUACCUGUUACAUACCAUUGACGAGGGCAGUUACGUAGGCAUUGUAGAAUUUUCUUAUUCUGCCACCGUCUUAUCUGAACUAGUCUGUAUUGUUAAUGAACAGUCACGUGCGGAUCUGGUAGCACUAUUACCAACAUACGCAAAUGGAGGAACAUCCAUAGAGUCCGGUGUGUUAAAAGGAAUCGAAGUGUUAUCACGUGGUGGAGAAGAUCCAGCUGGAAGUUACGUUCUUGUAAUCAGCGACGGGAUAAAUAAUGACCCCACUGGUAUCAGUGGUAUUCUGGAUGACGUCAAAAAUGCAGGCGUUAUUAUUGAUACGAUUGCAUUUACUGACCAUGCUGAUUAUGACCUUAAAAAACUUAGUGAUGUUUCUGAUGGAAUAUUUUAUUAUUUCGACGGAAAAGAGGAUAUAUCAGUACUCAACGACGCAUUUACGGCCACCGUCACGAGUAGACCAGAUCUAAGUAUACAGGAUCUCCCGAUAACACUUUACAGCGAGGGCCUGGUAAUAGUACCAUAUGGUGCCGUCAAUGGCAGUGUCUACAUUGACUCGUCUGUCGGACUCGACACAAUAUUCAGUUUCUCUUGGAUUAACAAUGAUAGAAUUCAAGUAUUUUUGAAAAUGCCUGAUGGACAACUUCUUGAUCCGUCCUUAUACAACACUGAUGUAACAUCGAAGACUAUAACAAUCGGAAUAGACGGUACAGCAAUGAUAGGAAGAUGGGAGUUUAGGGUCGUAGGUAGCAGAUAUUCAGAUGUUGUUACCGUGAAUGUUCAGUCGAAGAAAUCUUCUGAAGAGGAACCGAUAGAAGUUCUCGCAAUUGUUGGUGAUCCAUCGGUAAACUACACAGGAGGAAACCCGAAUCCCGUCAUCUACGCAAUCGUCACCCAAGGCUAUUUACCUGUAAUCAACGUGCACGUGACUGCAAUAAUUAGUGGUCCGUCUAAUACUGUCAUAGAAAUUAAACUUCUUGAUAAUGGUGCCAGCGCCGAUAUCACCAAAAAUGACGGAGUAUAUUCAGGCUACUUCCAAGAAAUAUCAGGAAAUGGUCGCUAUAGUGUAACCAUUAAAGUCGACAACUCAGCUCAGACAGCUGCAGUGAACGCGGCAAAAUCAACAGGCUCACUACCGAUCAAACCAGAUACUUCAAACAACGAGUUGCCUGUUUAUAGCCCACCGGGAAUGUUCACACGCACAGCCUCUGGAGGUGCCAUUGAGGUGUCUGGUUACAGCUACCAAGCAAACGAUGUUGUAGCGCCCUCUCGUAUCUCCGAUCUCAGCGUAUUGGAAACUUCGUAUUCUGAAGAAAAAGUCGUCCUUCAGUGGACCGCAGUUGGAGAUGAUCUUGAUAGAGGAAAUGCAUCAAGAUAUGAACUUAAAAUUGCAAAGAGCUUCUCCGAACUUCAGAGAAAUUUCUCAAGUGCAAGUGAAAUUCAAAACGAUGACAUCAUUAUAGGAAACAUAACGAUUGCAAGUCCACCCGGUGUUGUUGAAAGGAUAACAUUGAAAGUGUCAGCAGGCGGACAAAAUGCAACAUAUUUCUUCGCCAUUCGCGCCUAUGACGAAUCCGGAAAUGCUGGGGCUGUUUCCAACAUUGUAUCCGCUAAUAUGCAAUAUAUACCACCAAUUCCUGCUUCUGUUAAUUCCACAGAUCUUAUAAAUGCUACGAGCAUUUUUGAUACAACAUAUUAUGUUACUAUUACUGACGCGACCAGUUUAGCAAAUCCAACUAAUUAUACGGAUCGCACUACUUAUUCUACAAAAUCCACUAAUUCCACAGGUUCAACUAAUCUCACACAUUCUACUAAUUCCACGGAACCUGCUCAUAAUUCCACAAAUACCGAAAAUCCUCUUAUUACCACGGAUGUUGCUAACCCUACGGAUCCUGCUAAUUCCCCGGAAUCUACGUAUUUUACAAAAUCCACUAAUCCCACAGGUUCAACUAAUGUCAUAUAUUCUACUAAGCCCACUGAACCUGCUCAUCAUUCCACAAAUAUCAAAAAUCCUGUUAUCACCACGAAUUUGGCUAGUCCCGCGGCUAAUUCCCCAGAAUCUACUCAUCCCACGGAACCUGCUCACCAUUCCACAAAUUCAGCAGCUAAUCCCACUUAUCUUACUAAUACAAUUAUAGAUCACACUAAUUUUAAGUUUUCCGUUACUCCAACGAAAUAUCUUAACAGCAAGAAACCCGUUAUUACAACGAAAUUUCCUAAGCCCACGGAUCCUGCUAAUUCACCGGAAUCUACUCAUCUCACUGAAUAUAUUACUCCAGCAACUUUAACUAGUCCAAAUAGUAAGACUGAUCCAACUAAUCUCGCCUAUACAACAGUUUCCUAUAAUCCUACCAAAGUUGUUCGACCAACUGAAUCCAUAAAGGAGGCCAACACAGUUCUUUGGGCGGCAGUUGGUGUCGUUUUAGUCAUAACUGUAUCAUUUGCUGUCAUUCUCUUUGGAGUUCGUUUUUGCAAAAAAAAUAACAAGAUUGAAAACCAGCCGUGCAGUCCGAUUAACGGAGAUGAUACACGUGAAAUAGUUGAUGAACACUGUGUUUAAGUAUAUACUGUUGCAGUAGCCGUCUUCAUCAGAGGACACGGAACCGUUGGCUAAAUCAAUGCUAGUGUUUACUAUUAGAGCCAAGAUUUACCAUUAAUCUACACAAAUUAUGUAUAAAAAAAAAUUGUUUUUGAUUUUAGAGACUAACUUCCCGUAUGCCAGGGUGUGACCAUGACAGGUUCACUUAACUCAUCAUCAUAGGGAAGGGCGCUCUUAUUCAUGAAUAGGCCAUCCACAGCCCAAUGCUUAGGAUUCCUAACAAUUGCCUAUCUAUAAAUGUUAAUGUACUUGUAAUGUAAAUAAAAUUUAUUUUAAUGUUUUUGUCUUUAGUAAGAUAGUCAUAGGCCUACCUCACACAAUUAAUAUUAUGUGGUUCUAUGUUUCACUUUUAUAUCUUUGAUAUUAAGCUAAUAAUUUUUCCGUUUCUUAACGUAUCAAAUGUAUGUUAAUGCCUAAUCGGUUUUAAUAUCGAUUUUGCUUAUUUAGUGUGCAACAAUUUUGUGGUAUCGAAAACUAAAUUAUUACUUGACUUUGAACUUUUCACUAACAUUUUUAAACUUUGAUAAAACGUCAUUAAUCGGAAAUUGUUUUUUUUUAAUCCCGUCAUUUAUGUAUCAAGAAACCAUCAGUUCAGCAAAUUAAUUAUUUUACUUCUGUAUUUUUCUUUACUCACUAUCAAUUUAAUUUAAAUAUCUGUUAAAUUUCUAUGCUUUGUUGAAUUGAAGUGAAUAUAAGUAUAAUGCGUUGCGUUUAAAUGCGAUGAGGAAAUUUAAAAAAUUACAUUUUAUUGAUUUUUUUUAUGUACUCUUUGUUUUGAAGUUCUUUCAAAUUCAAGUACAAGUACACACGCUAUAUACAGGAUGAAACGAUACUUUAUAAACCAAGUCUCUUAUUAACUUAUAGAAAGUAGUUUCUUUCCUUAGUAGUGUGAAAAAUUCCAGCUGUGACAGGAAUUCAACCCAGGUUGAACUCCGGUAGUGGAACUUUAAUGUCAUUCGACACUAUUUCUACCCCUCCUGUUUUACUCCUACACUUUUGGAGUCCUUUGAAUGUCGAUCUUCACAUACCAGAACCAGGACCCUGUGGAAGGAAGGCAAGGAUCUUAACCACUAAGCCAUUUAACUCAACUUAAUGUAUCAUCACUUUGUCCGGGUGUUGAGGAUACGAAAGAAAUUACACCGUUGAUCUUUAUUUAGUUAAAUUUGAUUAUGAAUCGGUAUAUUACUCGGAAUACUCAACUACAAAUCACAUCUGCAUAUUGUUCAAUCAAACACACUCUUCAGUACAAACAAAAAUCAUAACUAGUAAUUACACUGUGAAAUAGGAAUAGUUUCAA